AUGGCAGCCAGUGAUGUGGCUGUGGGAAUUGUCUCUCUGUCACAGACUGUGUUUGGAGUUCUAGGCAAUUCCUCCCUUCUCCUCCAUUACCUGGUCCUUUACUUCCCUGGUUGCAGGGUAAGACACACAGACUUGUUUCUUCAGCACUUGAUUGUGGCCAACUUGUUAACUCUCCUGUGUAAAGGAGUUCCUGAGACAAUGGCAGGCUUUGGAAUGAAAUAUUUCACCAGUGAUAUUGGAUGCAAGCUGCUUUUUGCUCUUCACAGAGCUGGAAGGAACGUGUCCAUUUGCAGCAUCUGCCUCCUGAGCAUCUUUCAGGCCAUUAAGAUUAGUUCUGGGAACUCCGGGUGGGCAGAACUUAAAAUAAAAGCUCCCAGGUACAUCAUUUCCUGCAUAUACCUGAGCUGGGUCCUGUCCCUCCUUUUAAAUGUCCCUAAUUUUAUGUACACCAUGGCAAAUAGGAGGAACAAAACCAUCACCAAUCUAAAAGACUAUGGAUACUGUUCUAGCAUCCAUCAUGCCACAACCACUGAUUCACUGUUUGCAGCAUUGCUAACCUUCCCUGAUGCCCUGUGUGUGGGAAUCAUGCUCUGGGCCAGCAGCUCCAUGGUGCUCAUCCUGCACAGGCACAAGCAGAGAAUGCAGCACGUUCAUAAAACCAGCUCCCCCAGGUCCUCCCCUGAGUCCAGAGCCACCAAAACCAUCCUCCUCCUGGUGAGCACCUUUGUCUCCUUUUACACUCUUUCCUGCAUUGUUCAAGUUUGUUUGACUGUUAUUUAUAAUCCCAGUUUGUUCCUGGUGAACACAACUGCAAUAGUCUCUGGGUGUUUCCCAGCUGUCAGCCCCUUUCUGCUCAUGAGGAUUUCCUACUCCUGUAAGAAAAAGGGCAACAACAGCUCUUGUUUUUUCAAGCUGAGAAGGGGUGAUGUGCAGCAGGGCAAGCCUUUUGGAGUCCUUUUGAGAACUGGAUUGGUCAAAGGGGUCCAUGAUGAAAGUUUGGUUCAUGAAGAACAGGUCGUGUUUAAGAUCAACAUGGUCAAAUGGACCUUGGUUCUAGCUAUUGUUAAGAGUCAAGCAUUCUUCACCUUCCUUGAUGUAUGGAAAGAAAAUGCCUGGAUGCUACUGGGAAUAGCCUGCAGUUGCGAGGGUCAGGGCGGCACCAGCCGGGACCCAGGAGCAUCUUGA